AAUAUUUUUACUAAUAAAAGAGAAUACUUGUUAUCUUGUUUGUAAUUGCUUUAUAUUUGUUCCUAAACGUAACCUAGAUUGUUAAACUUCUUAUCUCUGUGUUGUGUCCAACUUUACUUAUAAUUUUCUGGAAACUUAUCUUAAUACUCACAUUCCAACUUUAAAUGGUUGAGAUUGAGAUUUUCAUCGAAUUUUUCUAAGAAGCAAAAGAGAAGAUGUUGAAGUUCUUGUCAAAGGUGAAGAUCCAGUUCAAUGCUCUAGACCCACGAACAGCUUCAUGUAUGGAGUUUUUGGCUCAGUGUAAUGCCCCUAAAGCCAAAGAAUCGAACCCAAGUUGUCAAGUACUGGUCAAGCGCCGCACCGAUGACCAACCACCUCAAAUCACUGUCACCUUCGUAAACGGAGUCGAACAAACCUAUGAUGCCACUUCUACACCUGCACAGGACAUUCGUAAGAUGAUUCUUGAAAAGGGUCAGUAUCUUGAGACUGAACAAAUGUUCCGUGAAGCUGGUGAGAAGUGGCCCGUUAUUGUUCCUGAUGAUGAGCUCCAACAACCAUUUCUUGGUAUAAAGCCAAAGAAGGCAGAAGAGAAGAAGCAGUGAUCACAGCUGCACACACUUAGCUUGUUGGGGGCAUUUUCUCAGAAUCAGAUCAACUGCGACAUUACAAAGUUCUAAUUCAGAGAGAUGGAUCUUCAAAUAGGGGCAAAGCUAUCUAUCUUUUCUUGUUGGAUGUAUGUUAACAAGAAUAUUAGAUUUGUACUAGGAUCAUGAACAUGCUGCCAUUGUGUUGUGAGACUGUAAAAUGCCUCUCCAAAUUCUCAUGUCUUCUACCCUUCUCUCUGCAAAAGAAUAAGAUAUCCUUCUUAAUGAUUUGAUUCCAUUUUGGGAUUGACUCUGGUAAUACUGUAUCCACAACCAUUGUAUGGGUACUCAAGGGUCCUCUUUAAGUUUACCAGGCAGUUAAGUUUAGUAGCUUUGUUGAUAAGAAA